AUUACUUCCGGUUAUUUUUCUUUUAACCGAGUCAGAAUUGUUUCUAAAUAAUGUAUAAAGAUCUAGAAGAAUAGUUCAGCAAAUUUAACUGAGAUGAAAAAAGUAACGUGAAACUUAUUAUUAAUUUAAAAUAUUGCUAAUUACUAUUUGCUGCAUAUAAAAUCCGCUUCAUUAGACAAAAAAUACACCAAGAAUCUUCACCAAAUAAGUGGAUCGGAAACAGAUUUCAUGUGAUGGAUACCGUGGAGAUUUGACACCCCCAUCAUACCAGUAUGAUGUAAUAUAUUGAAUCUAGAUGUGUGUUGAUAAAAUUUGAGAAGAGACUUAUUAUAAUGGCUGAACUACUGUUUAAAGUGAUUAUUAUUGGAGAUCCAACUGUAGGAAAAACAUCGUUUGUACAGCGAUAUGUGAACAAUUCGUACAGAAAAGACUAUAAAAUGACUAUUGGAGUUGAUUUUGCUUUAAAAGUGAUCAAAUGGUCGGACAAUAGAAAUAUCAAGUUACAACUGUGGGAUAUUGCAGGUCAAGAAAGAUUUACGUCAAUGACACGCGUAUAUUAUAAAGAUGCCCAUGCUUGUGUUAUAAUGUUUGAUUUGACCCAGAGAUCCACAUUUCAAAGUGCCGUUAAAUGGAAAAAAGAUUUAGAUACAAAAUGUUCGUUAUUAGAUGGUAGUCCUGUUCCUUGUCUUCUAUUAGCUAACAAGGCUGAUUUAGCUCAUAGAGAAGUAGAACAAUCAGAAAUAGAAGAUAUGUGUAAAGAACAAGAUUUCCUCGGUUGGACAGAAACAUCUGUUAAAGAUGGUUUAAUGGUCGAAGAAUCUAUGAGAUUUUUAAUAGAAGAAAUGAUGACGAAACAUUCUGAAAUAGAUGACUUAAAUGAUUCAACCAAUCAAAAUGGUCGUGGAGAAAACAACAUACGUUUAAACAAUGAAAUCGGUCAAAUAACGCAGCGUAACAGAUGUUCGUGCUGACACCAAUUGUUAUUGUAGUAGUGUAAAUAUAUAUCUAAAUAUACAGAAUGAAAACAUUAACCCUUUGACCGUCCCAAACUGCCCUAACUACGGCUCCUUUAGACCAUCUCAAACUACCUGUCACAACUGCAUGAACUAAAGAAUGGGGCCAAUAAUACAGAAAGAUAUUCACAUAGUUUGAGACGGACUAAGGAAAAGCAGUUUCGGUCUGUACAGGGAUAUACUGCUAUUAAAAUAUCACUUUAUUCUAAUUUGCCCUGUGGAUCGGGUGUGUAUAUGUACCUAGUGAUAAAAUUUAAACUUGCCAGUGUAUAAUUUAUACAGUCUGAGACAUGCAUGUGAUCUUUGACAUAACUAGUCAAUAGACACAGCAAUUUGAUUAAAACACAGAUCCUAUUUCGUUUAGUUUUUUAUAGUUCAAAAUUUUGUUUUACUUGUUUUUACUACACUAGGAUCUGGAAGAGUUGUUAUAUAACCUGCAUCCUGCAUGACUUGAGGGAUUAACCAAUGAAAUGAUCUGUUACGGCGACCUCUUGGCGUGCGACACACGGAACUGUGGGUAAACCACUAGUAACAUCAAUGCUGAUUGGUUAAUCAAAUGUCUGAUGUCAUAGGGUCAAAAGCCGAUCGUACGACCUCUGUCACAACCUUUUACUACAACCGGCCAGAUCUUCAUGUAGUGUAGGCCAUCGAAAGUAUAAAAAACGAAAAAAAAUAUAGAUCUGUCUUUUAAUCGGAUUGUAGAUACAUUGGGUAUUUUUUUACCUGUCAAGUACAAAGGGUUAAACUUGCCAAUGUAUCAUAUUAUAAUUUUAUAUGUAGUGGGAUAUAUGUGUGUGGUUGCUUAACAUAACUGGUUACCAUGGAUACUGGUUACCUUGGAUACUGCACUGUAACCCAGGUAUCGUUUAAUCUUGUGUAUCUAGCACUAAUUUCUUUCACAUUCGUUUAAUAUCAAAUUCGUAAAAAUUGUUUAAAAUCACCAAAAAUCAUCUAAUUUGUAAAUGUGUCCAGUUUAAAGCUGACUGAUUAAUUUUGAUAAUGAGUGUCCAAUUUACAAGUAUUUAAUUUCCUGAUCACUGUUCAAAAAUUAAUCAUUAUACAUCAUUAAUCAAUUGGGUUGUUUAUUUUUGAACAAUGAUUGAGAAAUUAAACACUUGUAAGUUGGACACUCAUUAUCAAAAUUAAUCAGUCAGCUUUAAACUGGACACAUGUACAAAUUAGAUGAUUUUUGGUGAUUUUAAACAAUUUUUACGAAUUUGAUAUUAAACGAAUGUGAAAGAAAUUAGUGCUAGAUACACAAGAUUAAACGAUACCUGGGUUAUGGUGAUUUCAAACAGUUUUUACAAAUUUUUGAACAAAGAUUGGAUAUUAAACGUAUGUGAAAGAAAUUAGUGCUAGAUACACAAGAUUAAACGAUACCUGGGUUACAGUGCUGGUUACCUUUUAAAGGUUCUUACAAAGAACAAAUCUGUGAUGUCAUUUUGGUGUUUCACAAUUCCAAAAUGUAGAUUAUGAUUUUUUCACAAUUUAAAUUUCAUUAGUGUAACACUUCUAAAGUGUAGAUGAUAAUUUUUUUGCAUUUUGUAUUUCACUAGUUGUAUGAAGAUAACCCUUAUUUUACAUUUUGUAAUUUCAUUUUGAUUUUUUUAAUUUAAUGUUAAAUAAUCUAAGUACAUAUUGAUGUGAAUUAAGCUGUGAGAAAAAUGAUAUUUUCCAACAAAAUACAAAUAACACACUAUUACUUUAAACAUACAUUAUGAAAGAGCUAAAUCUGCCCAUUGUGGGUCUUUCUUCAGGCCUGAAAUGUUUUCUAAAUUAUUAAUUAGACAUUUAUAAAUAUGAAAAGACCAUAAUCAACUCUCAAUGCCAUGUUAUGUGUUCGAUUUUUACUGGAUUUGAAUCCUAUCUGCUGCUCAAUGCUCAUUGAUGAUUAAAUCCAAAAAUAGAUAAUCAAGACUAUGUUUUUUAUCAUACCAACUUUAGUAAUGAUGAUCGAAACUAAGCCUAAAAUUCAAUCGCUAAUAUCUCGGUUCAGCAAAUUCCCUUUACAUUAUCUAUUUUUCAGUUAUUAUCGUGAGAACUGUCAGCUUUCUAUCUAAUCUUCCAUAAUGUAUCUUUAAGUUAAUUCAAGGUUCAAUAAUCAAUCGAAGUACAUAUUAGCGUGGAUUUAGUUGUGAGAAAUCUGAUAUUUUCCAACGAAAUACAAAUCAAGCACCGUUACUUAUAUAACAGUUUACAUUAUUAAGCUGUUUUAAGGUUAGUGAACAUUUUAAUAGGUAUUCAGACAAACAAUGCAGGUCCCCGAAUGAAAAUGUUGGUUAAAGUUCCCGUCUUAUGUGGAAUUGAUUUGAUAUUAUUACAGUUCUAAAUAUGGUAUUAGUUCGAUGAUAUUAGUUCUAAAUAUGGUAUUAGUUUUAUGAUAUUAGUUCUAAAUAUUGUAGUUCUAAAUAUGGUAUUAGUUCUAAAUAUGGUAUUAGUUCUAAAUAUGGUAUUAGUUCUAAAUAUGGUAUUAGAUCUAAAUAUGGUAUUAGAUCUAAAUAUAGUAUUAGUUCUAUGAUAUUAGUUCUAAAUAUGGUAUUAGUUCUAAAUAUCAAAUUACACUGUAAACCAAACCAUGUUGCACUUCUGCCCAACGUUCGAUGCUAGUCCUGUGUCAACCAUAUUUGUUAACUUUGACUCAACACAAAUCUGUUGUCUGUGAUAUCACUUCAGUGGUAACGCACGUUAAAUAAAACACACAAAUAUGAACUACCAUAUACUUGAAACAAAUGAUUGCUGCUGUCGAAACCAAAGCUAUGUGUACACGUACAGGUAAUUUGUGACAGGGAUUGGACCAGUUGGCCCAGCUGGCAUGGGCCUAUAAUCCUGAAGGGUCUAACUGCCUGUGGUAGAGGGAAGGAGGGACCGUUUGUUAGAGGGCAGGAGGGAACCUUUGGUAAGGGCCUAUAAUCUUGAAGGGUCUAAAUGCCUCUGGUAGAGGGAAAAAGGGACCAUUUAGUAUUGUUAUUAUUGAUUAUUAUUCAGUACAAUAAUGAAGAUUAUAAAUGUGACUGCUACCAGGACCAGGUGACUUCACAUAAAGAUAAGAAGUUACAAGCAUUAUUUUUAUAAACAGAUGAUAAUGAUAAUUAUGUAUUUGUAUGUUUUUUUAUAUAACAGGUUUAUAUAUAGAUUAUAUAUAAUAUAUUGAAUAAAAGAGACUUUGGAUUUUUCUGUUGUAAGAUAUUGAAUCACAGAGAGAACAAGAAUUGUUCUAUUUUAAAGUGCUAUUGUUAUUAGUCUGUGGUUACUUUUCACAGAAACAAAUAAACGACAAUUACAUAUU